AUGAAGUCAUUUUUUGACGAGGUAGUACUGGAUAAAAACAGCAGAGACAAGGAAACAGCACAGUACAUCUACAAGUUCUUGAAAGAUUGUGGCGGUGUAGAAGCUUUGGAAAAUGAGAGAUCCAGGACCUUGCCUCCUCCUGUCAUCAGCCAACCCAUGCCACCACUAGCUGGUCGAGCAGGAGUAGCACGUCUGAGAGAAGCUCUCAUUGACGAAGGUAAGAACCCAGACGAAUUCAAGUUUGAUGGUGCUGACGAAGACAAUGAAAUUAGCACAGGCACGUUUACAACCGCUAAAAUGAUGGAACUUCUACUUAGUAUGUCAACUGAAAUGAAACAGAUCAAAGAACAGUCCGAACGACAGCUCGAACGACAGACAGAAGAAUUAAAACAACAGACAGAGAAGUUAAAACAGAUCAAAGAACAGUCCGAACGACAGUCCGAACGACAGACAGAGGAGUUGAAACAGAUCAAAGAACAGUCCGAACGACAGUCCGAACGACAGACAGAAGAGUUAAAACAACAGAUCAAGGAACAGUCCGAACGACAGACAGAGGAGUUAAAACAGAUCAAGGACCAGCUAAAACACGUAAAAUUGGAAGUGGCAGAACAGAUUGAAGAACAGUCAAUAAGAAUAGAAAUGAUCGAGCAGAAACUUGAUCGUCAGACCGUUGAGGUAGAUCACAAGAUAGACAAAUUAAAGCGAGAAUUGGAGCAAUCCAAAAAAAUGGCCAUGCCGUUAGAUCACGCAUCCGGAAGAACUUUGAAGGUACCAGCAUUUGACGGAGAGAUGUCUUGGAACGUUUAUAAAAACCAGUUCGAAGCAGCUGCAACUAGUAACUGUUGGAACGGAAAAGAACGAUCAACAGCACUGAUACUGGCCCUGCGAGGUUCAGCAGCAGAGGUUCUUCAGACGAUUCCGGCGGAGAACCACUUCAACUAUGAAGCUCUGGUUAGCGCGUUGGAUUUACGUUAUGGUGAAGAACACAUGAAACAGAUUUAUCGAUCUCAGCUUAGAAACAGAACGCAACGAUCUGGUGAAUCCAUUCAGCAGCUGGCACAAGAUAUCGAACGGUUGACAUUGCUGUCGUAUCCAACAUCAGACCCCGAGCAUAGAGACGAAACUGCCCUGGAUACGUUUAUCAAAGCCCUUCGUGAUUCGGAACUCAAGCAAUCCCUUCUCUUGUCAGAUAAACGAAAACUCAAGGAUGCCGUUGCGCACAGUCUCACUUUUGAAUCGGCAAAGCAAGCAUCAAAAAGUGACGUACGUCUACGCCAAGUACAUGAAGAAUGCUCUUGCCAGAAGGUGGUUGUGAAACGCGAACCUCAACAGCAUGGUAUACUCCAAUGCUGGAUUUGUGGUGAAAAAUGCCAUCUACGUCGUGAUUACUACAUCGAAAUCGAAACGACCUAUGGCUGA